UUCUAGGGUUAGCGACAAAGAUGUGGUGAAAAAGACAAAAAUAUUGAACAUACUUUCAGCAGCAUGCGUUUUAUUCAACCACGUUACAUGACCGAGUGGUUAGAGUCACUUGAGUAUUUCAAAAAUGAAAAGAAAUUGCGAUAUCGCUUCGCUGCAAUCGUUGACGAAUUGCGAAAUUCCAGUGACGCUGUAUAUAGCAGGGCGCUUUUUUCUUUCGUCAACUGUAUUAUCAUCUACAAAAAAGAAGAUCUAGAACGAGUUAGAAUCAGAAAUGAAUUCAUCGGUCUUAAACUUCAGGAGAUAAUAAAUGAAAUCAAAGAGGACAAGAAUGCAGAUAAUGAUGUGUUGGUACAAAUUGAGCUGUUUUUGGAAAAUUUAGCGAAGGAUGAUGAACUGUUGCCAGGAACCAAACAGGUGGAUCUUAACAGUGCCUUGGAUAUUUUCUAUGCCAUCUAUAAACAGAUCUGUCACAGUCCAAUACAAGCAAAUUUUCUCUCAAUUCUCCGCAGCUUAUUACAAAUCGAUCCAAAUGAUAAGCUGUGUGAAGAAAUGUGGGGAACCAUAGAAAAGCUAGUGGCAAAAGUCGUUGUGAUAGAAAAAGUUGAAGAUUCUCAGAAACUCCUAAUUAAAACUGGCAAACGACUCCAAGAAAUUGUUGAAAACAAAUACGUAUAUGCUGGUCAUAUGAAACAUGAAUCUUAUCGCAUAUACGAGAAGACACGGAGACGAAGUUCGACGAUACCAACUACUCCCGGGUCUAAUGCUGUUACGCCAGAUGACUUCACAGGCGCCUUGUCACCUUCAUCAGCGUUUUCUUCACAUAAUUCUUCAGCUUCAUCUCGGACUAGCACGCCUACCACGCCAACCGCAUCGGCGGUAUGUGGUGGGUCCACGCCAAACAAGAACAACCGAUCUUUUCCGGGUUCGCCCCAAAACGCUACAUCACCUUCCACAACUCCUGUCCAAACGCCGUCAUCUGCUUCGGCAGCACCUCCGCCUCCUCCUCCUCCGCCACCUCCCCCGCCACCGCCGCCGCCACCACCACCACCACCACCACCUGCAUUUGCUUCUGGAAGCGCAUUUGCGACGACAGGUAUACCAUGUCCUCCUCCAGCACCAGCUCCACCAGCACCUCCCCCUCCCCCUGGGAAGAUUCCGUUGCCACCAAAAUUUGGUGGUGGCGGAUCAGCCCCUCAACCACCAAAAACACUCGGAAUUAACACGAACCAUGGAAACAUGUUGCCGCAACUAAAUGUGCCUAAGCCAAGAAACAAAUUAAAACCUCUACAAUGGCAGAAAAUUCCUGCAAAUAAAGUGAUGAAAGGUCUCAACUUGUGGGCUCAAGCGGCCAAGCUUUUCAACGGGGUUAAGGUUGAUUACGAAGCUAUAGAUGAACUGUUUUGUAUAGAACAAUUCCAUCCUGACAAUGAUAAGACGUAUGGUAAAGGCUCAAGGAAUGGAAAAGCAUCCAAAACUGUUAAGAAAGAAAGCACAGAGAUAAAUCUAAUUGAGAGCAGACGAAGUUUAAAUGUAAAUAUUUUCUUAAAGCAAUUUAAAAUGUCACUCGAUGAAUUUUUUCUACACUUACACAAUGGAUCUUCUGAGAAGUUCAGUACUGAACAGUUAAAGGCCUUACUGAAGAUUCUUCCUAAUACUGUCGAGAUUGAAAUGUUAAAAAGUUAUGAAGGGGACAAAAAGAAGCUUGGAAACGCCGAACAAUUUUUCCUGCGACUGAUCGAAUUACCAAAUUAUCGAAUUCGGAUAGAAGGAAUUUUAAUACGUCAAGAAUUUGGUACCGAGAUGGAAUGUGUGAAACCAUCUUUAGGCUCAAUUAUACGAACAGCUACUGAUAUGAAAGAAAAUCAUGAACUUCGCGAACUUCUUUACAUGGUUUUAGUAGCAGGAAAUUAUCUGAAUUCGGGUAAUUAUGCAGGAAAUGCAGCAGGUUUCAAAAUGAGCUCCCUCUUAAAAAUUACAGAAAUUAGGGCCAACAAACCAAGAAUGACUUUAUUGCAUUAUGUUGUAAUGCAAGCUGAAAAACGAAAUCCACGGUUACUCUUGUUUCCGCAUCAAAUGAAAUACUUAAACGAAGCAGCAAAAUCGUCAAUACAGUCCUUAACGGCUGACAUUUCAAAUCUUGGAAAGAAAAUUCAAAAUAUUAGUACACAAGUAGAAACUAUGGAUGAAGAAUUCAAAUUUCAAAUGGCAGACUUUCUACAGUGGGCAAAUAGCGAAAUGAAAAGUCUUCAGGUUGAUCUUAAUAUUAUCAAUGAACUGCAGAAAGAGCUAGCAGAUUUCUUCUGUGAAGAUGUAAAAACAUUUAAGUUAGACGAGUGUUUCGAUACACUGAGAACAUUCUGUGAGAAGUUUCUGAAAGCAAUACAGGAAAAUAAACAGUGGAGCCUUGCCGUAGAACAAAAUGAGAUGCGCAAAAAGCUUGAACUAAAGAAAGAUGAAGAUAUGCUCUUGCAAAAGGAAAAGGGUUCUAUUGUUGAUCUGCUGCUUGCUGAUGUCCGCAGCGGUUUUGGUAGCCACAAUUUCAUCAGUGAUAAUUCGUCUGUUGGAACAUUUGACAGUAUAAGUGAAAGAACUUCUUCUUACAUGUCCAGCGACAGUGAAACUACCCAAAAUAGUGAUAGUAAUCAAUCGGAAUUUAUGAAUGGAGAUAGCAACUUGACAGAGGAACCUGUGUCUGAUUUUGUUCGUCUAGGGUUCGGAAGAAAAAGUAUGCGCAAAUCAAAGCACAAAAAUAACUUCCGCUCUAACAGUUCUGACAGCAUAUGUACAAGCCAAGGAAGCAGACAAGCAUCGAGUGAAAACAAUACUGAUACAGAAAGUCUUGGCAGCAGUCAAGAUGACAGAGCAAGUUUCCGCCGAAUGAGGUACUCAAAGGGAAAUGAUGACGAAUUGUUUGAGUAUUUGGGCAAUGGAUCAGAUCAAAUAACAUUCAGGAGGAGUUAUCAUGGUCAUCCAAGAAAUCAAAAGCGUUUGGUAAGGAGAAACACGAGUAUUACUUUUGAACGCGAAAGAGGGCCGUCUCCACCUAUGUUCGACGACUCUAACGACUCCAUGAGAUUUCUUUUCAAUAAAGAUAAAGUACCUCUUGUAGACGGAAGAACCAAAUCAGACACUUUAACCACCCCCAAACCAAUAAAAGAGUCUCUUCGAAAAUCGGCGAGCGCUCUAGAAAAGAGAGAUAUAGAUCGGGCAGUGAAAAAAAGAGAAGCACUUGUUGAAGCGAAAGAACAACGGUAUGACAGAAAUUGUUUUAAAAGAACGCCCAGUCUAUCUGCCUCUUACAAGCAUUACAGUAAAGAUUAUUAUCAUUGUGAUGAAAAUUCUCAACCUUCCUCGUCAACACCGACAUUAGGGCUCAAAAGCCCAACUAGAGUAGAAAGAUCGAAUUUAUUCAAAUCGGCUGGAGAUGGAGAGGAUUCGUGUAAAAGGAAUACGAAACAAGUCGGCAACAGUGUGAUAAACCUGGAUAAAAUUAAUAGUGGCGUAAAAUCGAACUCUCCGUAUGUACUUACAAGGGAUGAACUUUUGGAGUCAGGUGGGUCAUUGGAAAAACCUGCUGACUCCAAUAAGGUAACUCCAGAACAUUAUUCAUCAGAUAGAAAUCGCGUUUCUGUAUCUGUCAGAUCACAACUUAGCCGGCAAUGGCAAACGAACUUAGAUCCAGAAAACAUGGACUCUAUGCUGAAGAAGAUGGACAGCAUCAACAGUGAGAAAAAUGAAACUGAAACACAUCUAUCUCCGGAAGAGAAGAGCGAAGCGAAAAGAAAAUGUACUUCGUCAGAAUCACCCAAUGACAAAGAAAGUAGGUCGCGUCGUGAUAGACGUAAGGUAAGACGGAAAUUAUCAACAGAUGAAAUCGAAGAUGCUUUACAAUCUCACAAUCAACCAGUUGCAUCAACUGAUCACAAUGUGUCCGGAGAAAACUAUCUUGAAAAUAAUUCGGAAGCCAAAACACCACGGUCUCGAUCUGGAAGUGACAGUACUGGAGAGAGCGAAAGAGUUAAAACUCGUAAAGAAGAAAGGCCACACAAGCUGACAGGCAAAAGAAGGUUUCUGGCAGAGCGGUUCGGAGACAAAGAGCAUGGUUCGACCGGACGCUGUCGUAGUAACGUAGAAAAGGAGUCUGUCGAUCGUGCUCUUCAAAAUUUAAUGCCCCAAGGAUCAAUGAACCGAUCAAAAUCCUUUGAAUCUGUAGCACGAAAAAAUAACAAUAAAUCAAAUAUGAAAAAGGGGCCAAAUAGUGGAAGUACACCAGACACAUCUCAGGAGAAGAAUAAUUUAAGAGGCGAUUGCAUGGGUCAUUUCUCAUAUAAAGGAAAUGAUGACAGCGAGAAUGAAGCGCCCGCCGAAAAUGUUCGGCAUUCAUCAAAGAACUCUAGUCGCUUAUCGGUGAAAUCGACUUCAACCGAAACUUUGCAGGCAGAGAAUUAUAGUGACAAUGAGUCAAAUAACUUAUCUGAACACAAAAUGAAACCCAACACGGAAAACGAUGAAAUAAAUGAUAAACGAAGAGGAACGGAAGAAAAGAAAUUAACGGAAGAGAUCAAGGAUAAUCCGAAUUCGAGCUAUUCGGUGAACAACUCGACUGCUACGGUGGAAAAAAGGCCUCACCGCACUCAUAGUUUGAUUGAGCAUUCAUCAUAUCUAAUAGACCACAGCUCUUCUCCUAUUACCUCAUGUGAAGAUGAUGUAAACCCAACAAUUAUCUUGGCGAAAUGGCGUGUUAAGAGACAGGAAAAACGAAGGAGCCAGAGUAGCUGCAUGAAUGAAACAGAUAAACUGAGGAAUAUAGAUAGUAGUGGUAAACUAGAGCAUGGAAUCCUGAUGCCAAAUUCUGAUUGCGGUUUUAAAAACGAAUCCAGUUGUAGAAACAGCGUAGCCUCUGCUUCCGACAAAGAUGAAGGGUUUGAAACUAUGAGUGAGACUAUAAGUCAAAGAACUUCGGUUAGUAGCAAUUUAGACUUGGAAUCUAGCUACGGUACUUCAGUAUGUUAUAGGAAAUCAGAAAGUAAUAGACAUAGAAUAGAACAUGAUUUCCUUAAACAUGAGACUGAACUUGAUAGCGCUCGACAUAACCGUAAAUCUGGAAUCAUAACUGUUAAUAGGGUGGCAACAGAUGUUUCCGAAUCAGAUGUUCGCAAGCAACGGACGGAAUCUUGGACAGAAUCAACUGUUCGUGUGAAUGCUUCAAAUUUGAAUGAAAACAUAUUCCUGGACAGAAAGGCUAACUAUUCAACACCUUUAUUGAAGAAAACUGGAGAUUAUUCGAAAGAUAACCAUUGGAAUGAUGCAAUGGAAAACAAAACAAAACCACCUUUAGUGAGGCAGUUGUCAAUAUCUAACCACACAAACACACCCGAUAAAAUUGUUUCUGACACAGCUGAUAAGGACUCUAUUAAAAUGCUUGAUAGUAACAAUGUAUCACCUAAGGCAACACAAAAGGCCGCUAGUAUUCCAAGUUACAUGAAGAAAACAUCUAGCAGUAAAAAAAAAGUAAUAAAGGAACCUGUGGAGCUUCAACCAACAAUCAAACGUUCUAGUUUUUCUCGCAGUUCGCAUCGUUCCAUGAAGCAUGUUCCGAUCAGCUCACAAUCAAACAAGUCUGGUUCAACAGAAAGUGUGUCAUCGUCGUCUCAAAACGAAAGAAUUAACAAUUCUCUACUCAGACGGUCAAUUGCUGGAACAACUGCAAAAUCAACUUCAUCUAUUAUGCCAUCGAAACUUGGGUCUUCUUCAAAUGUUACCAAAUUGCAACCCCUUUCUUCAUCUCGAGCAACCAACUCUUUCAACAGCAAACUCCCUUCGACCGAAUCAAAAAUAACCAGAUCUACUUCUUUUAACAGAAGUCAUGCAUCAAGUUUCAUGUCACCUACCGCAUCAUCAAGAGCUAAAAAAGAUCCCAAACAAUCUACUGCGAAUACUCAAGAAAGUAUGAAUAGCAGUAGCUUACCAACUACGACUGCAUCAACUACAAAAUCAAGUUCGGGUAGUGUCAAAACUUCGCUUGCUAAAUCAUCUAGUUUGCCGAAAAGAAAAACAGAUUCAAAUAGCUCAAGUUGUAAUACAAAGCAGCUUCAUUCCUCGUUAAAAGCAAACACCACCUCGUCUCCCUUCUCGAGAACAAGUAGUAUACGGCGUUCUAUGGGGGUGACUCGGUCGCCACCCGAGAAGCCUACCAAUCAAAAAGUGAAAAAUAGCUCUGCAUACGAAGAAAAUAAACACACUGAUGUUAAAAAUAACAAUAAUAGUAAUACCAAUACCAAUAACAAAAAGAGACUUAGCAGUACUUCCAUGGAUAAGGCAUCAAACAUAAACGGUUCUCAAAAUGAACUGGCUCGCAAAUCCCGAAUGCCAGUCAAAUCUGUAGAAUCAACGGUUAUAAGUGAGAAAACUGUCAAAGAACGCAAGUCCCAAAAGACAUCAGAUCAAAAUUUGCCCAGCAAAAAAUUAUCGAUAAGUGAUAGAGAAAUAGAUAAUGGCGGUUUUAAACUAAGCGACAGAUUUAAAAAGAAAUUUUCCAAAUCAAAAGACAAGAGUUACAGACGAGUCAUUAGUAACAUAACAACUUGAUUAGCGCUUCUUGAGAAAGCUGCAAAAUACAUUUAAAAACUAUCCUUAUAGUAUGUGCGUACAUAAGUUUAUAGCUCGUACAAGAUUUGAUCAUUCGAGUGCCUUUUAUAUACAGAAUUGAACACAACUAAAUUAUUUUUAUACCUCAAAUACUAUUAAACUGUUGCAAUUUUCUUUAAAAUAUUAAUGAAUUUUAAAACGAGGAAUACACUAUUGUAUUCUUUGACAUUGCAUCAUACACACAGUGAUAAAAACUUACAUGCGAAUAUUCGUGACAUCUAGAAAAAAAAAUUUACUGUUUAUCAUACCAAUUUUUGUUUUCGUUCUCAAGUCGGGUGUCAUGUAUAAUGGUUAUUAUCACAUCAUUUAAAUAUCAUAUUUUAAACAAAUAUUUACAGCAUCACCAAGUGCACCUCUGUAUUCCGACUGUAUUACCAUUGUUAUUGUCAUAAUUGCAACUUUAAACGAACAAUGAAAUGACAAGAUAACCGAAUCAAAUAUGCAAAUUUAUUUGCUCAUAUUGUUGUAGCUGCAGUUAUAUAAACAAGAAAUAUCAGAAGGAAACAAGACGAAGUAGGGAUGGGGCGGGUUAUUUUGAAAAUUCCUUCUAAUUAUGAAAAUCAUAAUUAAAGGACGAAAUUAAAAAUGAUGGUCUUUUAAGGAAGUUCCACGCGCUUUCAACGUGAGUGGACACCAUAAAUGAGUUGACAUAUUCGACGCGGUGGCUAUCUGUUCUGUUCAGAAAAUAUAGCCUGUUAUCUCUGGGAUAUGGGAAUAAGUUGGCCACAAGUUAAAACACACACACACACACACACACACACACACACACACACAUACAUAUACAUAUACAUAUACAUACACAAACACAUACAAACACACAAAUUUGUAGUGUAAUAUACGAAUUCAUAUAAUCAUGUGGCUUUUACGUAAAGCUCUUCUAACGGACCCGGCUAGCAAGAUAAAAUAUAAACGUUUACGGUUAUAUUUUAAUUAAUUACGAAGGGCAGUCUUCGAAAAUACAAGCCUUACAAGUAUGGCCGCAGUCAAACGACUGAAAUGAGUGGUGGAAAAGGAAAAGCGAAAUCAAUCGUUUUUUUUUGGUUUUCUUUAUAAUAAAAGCUGUUUAUUCCAAACUGCAUACAAAGUUAUGUAAUACAUACAAUAUAUGCAACAUAUGCAAUAUUAUUAAUGUUCAUUUACAUCUCCAGACAUCCUGUAUUGAAACACAAUCAACUUAUGAGGAUGCGCUAAAAAGUUCGUAGGCUGACUGUGAAGUGAAAGAAUGAUGACAGAACUGUGAAAUCUUGCAUGUAUUAACUUAAACUUUUCCUAUUAAUAAACAUUGUUUCUCUUCUGGUAAACUGACAUCUGACUGUUCAAAGAACACUUUCAACGUAACUAGUAGCGACAUCUCUUGCAAAUCGACAAAAUUUAGCCCCAUAGUGAUAUCAAGUAUCUGUAGAAAAAGGGGUCAGCCCCCCCCCAGGUCAUUCAUGUUGACAUGGUUGCUACAUUAGGGGAUGAUGCACCAGCUUUAUCAUGAGUGCAAAUGUAGGCAGCUGAAUUUAAUGGGGGAAAGAGAGAGUCUUGAAUAUGACCCAAGGUCUGGACGCCCUGUAACUGCCUCUACCGAGGAAGCAUUGAUCUCCUUCAUAUGUUCGUGGAUGACAGGCGAUUAACUAUAAAUCAGCUAGCCAAUGCUAUUAGCAUAUCCCGUGAGAGUCGCUAUAUUAUGGACAAUGAAUUUGGCAUGACGAAGAUUCGUGCUCGGUCGCUGCCACGUCAUCUGGUACCUGAUCAAAAGCGUACCAGGCUGACCACAUCACGGGAAAAUCUGACCUUGUUUGAGGCAAAUCUAGCUGGUUUUCUUGAACUCUGCCUAAUCCAAGAUGAACUUUGCGUAAUCCAUCACUUUGAGCUAGAAACAAAGAGUCAAUCUGUGUGGUGGAAAAAUCCCCUUUUCAACUGCUCUUAAAAUGGCCAGUCGUUUCAUCUGCAGGGAAGGUGAAGGCCUCAGUUUUGGAGGAUGCAAAAUACCUUGUUUAUUAAUUAUUUUCAAAAGGGACAUACCAAUUCAUUGAUCAAGGUAUGUGUGCCAUUGAAAGCUUCUAAUUCAUUUUUAUUUCUCCCUUCGACAUCUUUGCACGGUUAGUGGGUAAACAGACUGGUGGCUCCAUGAAUGAACACUGGUGGGAGUAUAAUGACCAGAAAAUACUUAUCGAUACUUAAGAUCAGUGAUUCUCAACCAUUUCUAUCUAAUUCCUAUUUUACUUGGAUUGACCGCCAUAACUAUUUGAUGUUAAAGAAAAGACUCUUACCAUAUUUUUAUAAUUAAAUAUUAUUAGGAACUGUACUACAAAAUAUUU